AUGCGAGCGGCCAGGCGAGCGGCCAAGCGAGAGGCCGUGGAAGCGGCCAGAGGAGCGGCUAGGCGAGCCGGCACUGAGAGCUGGCGCUCAGAGCCGGCGCUCACAACCGCGCUCACAACCGGCGCUCACAACCGGGGCUUACAGCCGGCGCUCAGUGCCGGCGCUCAGAGCCGGCGCUCAGAGCCGGCGCUCAGAGCCGGUGCUCAGAGCCGGCGCUCAAAGACGAGCGGCCAAUUGAGUGGCCAGGCGAGCGGCCAGGAGAGCGGCCAGGCAACGGCCAGGCGCGCGGCCAGGCGAGCGGCUAGGCGAACGGCCAGGCGAGCGGCCAGGCGAGCGGCAAGGCGGGCGGCCGGGCAGGCCGGCGCUCAAAGCCGACGCUCAGGGCCGGCGCUCAGAGCCGGCGCUCAGAGCCUGCGCUCAAAUCCAGUGCUCAAAGCCGGCGCUCAAAGCCUAACGGCCAGCCGAGCGGCAAGGCGAGCGGCCAAGCGAGCGGCCAGACGAGUGGCCAGGCGAGCGGCCAGGCCAGCAGCCAGUCAUGCGGCCAGGCGAGCAGCCAGGAAAGCGGCCAGGUGA